AUGACUGCGGCACAGCAUAGGACCGCUUUUGCCAGCGAUAUCACCUUGGAGCGUGCCUCGCGAGCUUCUUUGGAGACAUACACGACUGCAACUUCUGACACUUUGAUCACGUCCACCACGGAAAUGGCACUGGGCCGGGAUGCCAUGGGAGCUCCUGAUGCGCCACCAGAAAUCCGUCCCUCUCAACAGCAAACCCCAAUAUCGACCUCAAGAAUCACCCCAAUGCCUGACCCGCACGUGUUCGGCAUCGUCGACAAGUCGACAAACAGUUCACCUGGCUGGUCACGGAGCGAAGCCAUCAAAUCACCACGCUAUGACGAUGGGAGGGUCAGGGCUGAUGGUCAGGAGGAGCGUAGUAUUGACAAACAGGAGAGAAGCAGUAUCUAUUCUGCCGAAUCGUCAUACUACGAGUACCACGGUCCGAGGUCCUUUCUGUCGAUAUGUUCAAAGCCGGGCAUCCAAUGGGUCACGGAUCGAUGCGGAUGCUCGGGAUUCCAGGAAUCUGCGAUUACCUUCACACGGGAAAUAAUGCGACCGCUCAAGAUGGAAAAGAGGAUGUCCCCCGUUCGUGCCCCCGAGCCGAGCGCAAAUGACGCCUGCGUGUAUGCGAGAUGUGAGACUUUCAUCUUCGUCUUGUGCCGGAGAAUGCUGAUCCUCGCGACACUAGGUUUCUUCGAAGCAGCGCCGGCAGCCAGAUUCGGGGUUGUGCAGCAGUCUUGGUUUGAGUCGAGACUGCGUGCCCAUCUGAACGGCCUCGAUACCAGCGAAGACCCUGCCUGGUACGCAUUGAGGAAUAUAAUCUACGCCACGGGAUCACGCUUGCACCUUGCCAAAACUGCAACAUUCCAGGAGGCAUCUCAAACAUCGUGGGAAUUUUUCGAAAAUGCACUAUCCAUGCAUACGGAGAUCUUAUACUUUCGAAGCUCUCUCAUCGGCGUGCAGGCUCUUUCGCUCAUGAGGGAGGCUUAUUUUGUGGACGAGCUGGGCAGCCCAGCGCUGGAGUACAUGCUAUGCUCCAACGCUCUACGGCUAGCUUGCUCGAAGGGCCUACAUCGGCAAGCCGUGGCUUCUUGGGGGUUGACAGAUCAAGAAGCAUGCCAUCGAGACUGGAUAUUCUGGGCCAUAUAUUGCCUGGAAAAGAGUAUCGCCUCACGUUCAGGUCGGCCGUCUAUCACGGAUGACAACGAUAUCAGUUGCCCGAUCCCAGUCUGUGGGCCCACUGGAAGCUCCGUGGACGUGGUGUAUUGUAACAUGCUCAUUCGCCUCUCUCAGCUAUCGUCACUGGUGAAUAAGCAGCUGUCCAGCGCUCAAGCUUUCCAACUGAAGCCUGGCGAGACGAUCAAAACUGUCGUUGCCUUGGAUCAACAGCUCAGAGCACUCAAAGACUCGAUGGCAUACGUUUUUCGUGUCGAUGCCCCAAUCAAUCCAGCUACAUUGCCGUCGAGUAUCAAGCUGAACCAGGCGCUCCACUUACAAUUCAUGUACUACAACCUGCUGUCCGAAAUUCACAAUGCUUUGACGUACCCCUGGUCUCAAACGAUGCUCAGGCCACAAGACAACUUCGAGGAUCGAAAGCAAGUCGAGGCCUCGCGCUCCAUUGUGGCCGAAGCUGCUCGUGCGCUAAUCCUAGCGACCAAAUGGGUCCACCUGGAUGCCAAUUGUCCGAUACUGCUCGCUUUCUCAGCUCCUAUCCAGGCCGUCAUCGACCUCUUUAUUCAUAUCUUACAAGCUCCCGAGAGCCCGACUGUCCAAUCUGAUCUCUCACUACUGGACAUCGGAGCAGGCCAUUUUGCCCGAGUGGAAUUUGCUACAAAUUCCGAAAUAUCCACGUCAUUUGUCAAGCAACUUGCCUCGUUUGCCCGUGUGGCCGUCAAGCAUGCAAAAAGUGCGAUCCUAAAUAGUGGUGGUCCAAGUGCUACUCAGGGCUCUGUAGGCGUUGAGAAUAUCUCAAAGGAGAUCGACAUGAUGUGCAAUCAGAAUCACCUACAACAUGGUGACAUGACUCAAGAGGCUUCUGAUUUCGAGCUCUCUGAUUUCCAGCCAGAAAGUCUUAGCAUGCUACUUCCGGGCCUCGACCUAGAUACGGAGACGAACGAUUUCUUCAAUUGGGAGCUAUGA